AUGAUUAUUUGGGGCUUUGUGGGCCAGAUGAUCUCUGUCCCAGAUACCCAGGUCCUCAGCGUGAGCAAAAUCAGAUGGCGAGACUCCGACAGCCAGUGCAGCCCCACACGGCACAGCCUCAGCCUGUCUGAGGGAGAGGAGCAGAUGGACCGUCUACAGCAUGUGGAGUUGGUGAGGACCACGCCCAUGUCCCACUGGAAGGCUGGCACAGUGCAGGCCUGGCUGGAGGUGGUGAUGGCCAUGCCCAUGUACGUCAAGGCCUGUGCAGAGAACGUUAAGAGUGGGAAGGUGCUGCUCAGCCUGAGUGACGAGGACCUGGAGUUGGGCCUGGGUGUGUGCAGCUCCUUGCACAGACGCAAGCUCCGCCUGGCCAUCGAGGACUACCGUGAUGCAGAGGCUGGCCGCAGCCUGUCCAAAGCCUCCGACCUGGACCAUCACUGGGUGGCCAAGGCCUGGCUGAAUGACAUCGGCCUGUCCCAGUAUUCCCAGGCCUUCCAGAACCACCUUGUGGAUGGGAGGAUGCUGAACUCCCUGAUGAAGAGGGACCUGGAGAAACACCUGAACAUCUCCAAGAAGUUCCACCAAGUCAGCAUCUUGCUGGGGAUAGAGCUGCUGUACCAAGUGAACUUCAGCAGGGAGGUCCUCCAGGAACGCCGAGCCCGUUGUGAAACACAGAACACCGACCCGGUGGUCUGGACCAACCAGCGGGUGCUCAAGUGGGUGCGUGAUAUCGACCUGAAGGAGUAUGCAGAUAACCUGACCAACAGCGGUGUCCAUGGUGCUGUGCUGGUGCUGGAGCCCACAUUCAAUGCUGAGGCCAUGGCCACUGCCCUGGGCAUCCCCAGUGGGAAGCAUAUCCUCCGGAGACACCUGGCAGAGGAGAUGAGCACCGUCUUCCACCCAGCCAACUCCACAGGCAUCCGGGAGUCUGAGCGCUUUGGGACUCCACCCGGCAGGGCCUCCAGCGUCACCAGAGCUGGGAAAGAGGAGAGCAGCGGCAACAGCAAAUAUAGAGCCAGCCGGCUGCCCCUGGGGAAGAUAGGGAGGGGCUUCAGCAGCAAAGAGCCUGAUUUUCAUGACGACUAUGGCUCCCUUGAAAACGAGGACUGCGCAGAGGAUGACCUCCAAGGCAGGCCUGAACAGUGCCGCUUGGAGGGAUACAACAGCCUGGAGGUCACCAACGUGUAAGAAAGCCACGUGACUCGACUCUGAAAGAGCAGAGAGAAGAGCAGCCCUAUGGCCCGGUGCUGUCCAUCCUCCCUGUACAGAGAGACCUGGGGCUGAGGGCAGAUGCCAGGACAGACUUUCCAGAGAUAGCCACCACUUCCAGUGGGCACCAAGGACAGAGACUGCCCAUCUAGGUGUCCUGUAUCUCUGAAGACAGGCCCUGAGGACACAUCAACCAGCCAUGACCCAGCAGGUGGCCCCAGCGCUGUGGGUUCAAGGAACAAGGCGGGUGCCCCUGGCAAUUUACACUGAACUUUCAAGAAGUGUCAGUCUCUGGAAUACCCCACUGGGAGGAGUAGGAAAGCCCCCAGCCAGCCUUGGCAGAGCCAGGAGCACUGAGGACCAGUUGCAAAGCCAGCCAGCAGUGGCUAAGUGGUGACUGCUACCCAUCAGGCCACUGGGCAGAGACUAUGAACUCUGACCUGGUCACUUGCUCUGGAAGGAUGCAAAAUGGCAUGGGCAUUCCUUCCACUUAAGGGCACUGCAUCAUGAGGUGGGCAUGUCGGGAGCAGGAGGGGAUCUCUGCAGGGCAAAGGGGCCUGGCAGCAGCAGCCCCAAGGGCUGCAGACAUCCUGUCACCAUAAUGAAUGUGACUUCAAGAAUGUGGGGGGAGAUGGGGUUUACUGAGUUCUGUCCCAAACAGCCAUUCCAAGCAUGGGUACAAAAUGGGAAAUUGCUGGUCAUUAACCCAACAAACCUCUGUUGUGACGUCACUUGAGACAGGUGUGCUCACCCAUGACCUAACAGCCAUGCAAAUCCGGCAGAACAAGGUCCCUGGGUUGUGGGAGUAAGGAGCUCCCAGCCCCUCUCUUGAUCCGACACUGUUUUACUGUACAGCUUCCUCCCAGUGGCCUCACCUCUCUGUGCCUCAGUGUCUUACCUAUAAUACUUCCAGUUCUUCCCAGGGCAGUUGUGAGGAUUAACAUUUGCUAACACUUGCCACAAGCUUUGAGCCUCUCAGGACCGGAUGGGGGAGGAAUGAGCCUAACAGUUUCCACCCACAACAUUUGCAGACACUGGAAGAGUUCACUCUGUUUUGGUUGGGUCAGUAGGCAAGAGGGGCGUGCAGAAUGUUUAAUAAUGAGAGUUUCCCAAAGCCCCCAGCAAGGCCUGGGAGAGCCUGUAGUCCUCCCGGGUGCAGCAUCCAGGG